UUUAGGCAUGUUCGGUUUUACAAUUGCGCCAUUUUGUCCAAAAAUUUUUAACUUUAUUUUACGGACAAAUUUAUCUUACUCACCAAACGUACUAAUCGUGGAAUAUUUUAUCAAUCAAGAGAAGUAUUUUUAUGUAAUAAUGCUACACUCCCUUGUAGCAGUUUUCCUCGCUAUGACUAUAAUAACAGCGAUAGGAUUAUUGUUCUAUUCAUAUUUCCAAUUUAUUUGUGGAGUCUUUCAAAUUGCCAGUUAUCGCAUUGAACGCGCAAUGAGCGUCCAUGUGCUACAAAAUAUUAAUCUCAGAAAAAAUAUUUUUAUAUGCAAGAGUUUAAUUUGUGCUGUGCACACGCAUCGGCAAGCUAUGAAAUUUUGCUUACUCUGGGAAUCUAAUUGUACAGUAAUGGUAUUCUUUCUAAUAAUAUUUGGAACACUCACCAUGAGUUUCAAUAUGUUUCGAAUGAUGUCAAGCGGAAACGAUAUCAAGGAAUUCUUAAUAUCCUUUAUUCAUACUUUUUUCAUUCUGGUAUAUGCGUUUCUAUCCAACUAUAGCGCUCAACUUGUAACAGAUCUAAAUCAUCAAUUAUUUGUUACCGCGUAUAAAAUUCCAUGGUAUCGAGCUCCUAUAAGUAUACAGAAACUAAUACUAUUUCUGUUACAAAAAACUUCGAAAACCUUUUACGUGACCUGCGGUGGAGUAUACGUUGGAUCUAUAGAGGGCUUUGCUAUGAUAAUCAAGACCUCAGUAUCUUAUUUUACACUCAUGCAUUCUGUACAAUGACGAGAUUAUAAUAGUUUGAGUUGAUAAAUAGCGCGAAAUAUAUUUAUGACGCGAGAGUAUAUAGUUUUGCAUUUCCUACGCAAAUAAAAGAAAAAUACAGGAAAAAUUAUUCAAAAUAUUAUUGCGCGUUAUAUCUUUACAAUGUAGAUAUUAAAAUUGAAUAACGUGCACA